GUGGGUUUCUCCUUUUUUCCUUCUGAUCUUCUUCGUGAAGAAAAAAAGCAUUUUUGAAUACAAAAGUUCAGAUCUUUGCUAGUUGUUUGAUGAGUGAGUGAAGAGAUUACUGGGUAGGUGAGCUAAGCUAAAGAACAAGGAACAAAACCUAAUUAUGUUUUUGCGAGAUCUGUCUCGUAGUUUAUGGAGUUGGAGAAGUGUUUAAGCUUGGUUUGGAGAAGCUAUACUGUUGUCAGCUUGAGGUGUUUUUAGCGAAAGGGUCUAUCUAGUGAAUAUAAGUUUUAAGUAUGGGUUCCCUCUGUUGUGUCGCUGCGAAGUCAGAUAGAUCAAAUUCUGCAAGUGGGGACUUUUCAUUUGGCCCGCAUGAGCCUUAUUGGAGGACUAAUACAAGUUUCUCUCCACCUUCCUCAAGAUGGGACGUCCAUGGAUUAAUGGAUGGUAUUAGCUGUUAUGGAUCUUCCACAUCAUCUAAUGCUAAUGUUCUUCGUAGUCCCGACCUUUCUCAAGCUCUUCAUUGGACACCUAAUGAUUUUGAAUCUGCAACAAGAAGAGAUCAGAUUGUUAAGCAACUACCAGGUACAUCAAGAAAUGUCGGUAUUGGGUGUUCUGAUAUUGGUGACUCUGAACCUGGCCGCAACUUCUCAAGCCGGCGCUUUUUCCUGUCCAAGCCGGUUCAUCCUAUACUGCAUCCUUCUGAUAAUGUUAGGGAUACAACAUCUGAUUCUGCGGAUGCCUGCAGUUGGAGCAGUGGGACUGCAAGCAGCAUUGAUUCUGUGGAUGUUCCUGAGCCAGUUCUUGAUUGGAAUAAUAACUCCUCUACCAAAGCACAACAAGUAGCUUCAAGUACAUUUAAAUGCGGAUUGUGUAACAGAUUCCUCUCGCAGAAAUCUCCUUGGGGAUCUCGGUCCAUCCUAAGAAACCGAGACAUGCCUGUAACAGGAGUGCUUUCAUGUCAACACGUCUUUCACGCGGAAUGUCUUGACCAAUCAACUCCAAAGACUCAACGCAAUGACCCACUGUGUCCAAUAUGCACCAAACAGGAAGGAGAACACUUCAAGUCAAACAACAUUGUUCCAAGGCUUAAACCGCUUUGUGAAGAUGGGCCAUCUACAAGACCAUGGGGUUGUGCUCAGGCCGGUGACUGUGUUGAAAGUGCUGUCAAUGUGCCACAGAAAAACACCAUGAUGAUGAUAAACCGGAGCCGGAUAAGGAAGAACCUCUCAUUGAGAGGAAACUCAAGCAAGAUUUUCCAAGAAAAAUGAAGAGAAGUAACUCAGUUGCCAUGGACAAUCUCACUAAUCAAGUCUCGGUUGUGCG